UAGAUGCGUGCCUUUAGCUGCAGAGCUUGUGCGGAGCUAAAUACUGCACGAUGCCUCUGCAAAAUGAACUUCCGUGCAACGGUAUCGGCAGUCCCCAUAUCCGAAACCGUGCGUGGGGGACAAGUAGGGCAAUAUUCGGUUUAUACAAUGAAUUUUAGGUGGACUACCCUCCCCCCUCUCUCCCAGCUGGACAACAACUAAGGAUCCUCCUCCACCUUUCAAAUCCUUAUACUGCUGAGUUACCCUCUUCUCCCUAUGGGCUUCUCUCAGUCAAACAGCUCCUGGUCACUACAAUUACUGGCUGCUACAUGGCCUGAGAGCUCCCACAGUGCAAAGUCCUGUCAGCUCAGCAGCACUCUGAGCUGGUAAAACAUUUGUGCAUGCCAUCAUACAGUCUCUAAUACAGGCCACUGGCAGUCAUGUGCCUCCAAGACUGGAGAAACCCAAAAAGGCCAAAGCUGACAAGAAAGAAAGCAGCACAGCUCACGGUCAGUCAGGUGAUGCUCUGUCUGUCUCUGAUGUUUACGCUGUAUGUUGGCGUCACCAGUGGUCGAUGUUCCAGGCUGCGCUCCAGGGAGAUGUUGUGCGGAUCUGAACUGGUGGAUAUGCUGCAAUUCAUAUGUGGCACUAGAGGCUUCUAUGUCAGUAAACCUGGCUCCAUCCGCAGCCGUUCCCGACCUGGUAUAGUGGACGAAUGUUGCUUCUGUGGCUGCAGCGUUUCUAUACUGGAAUCUUACUGCGCUGCUCCAAUUACUAACACCACCGGCAAAGAAGAACAAAGAACUUAGGGUCCAGUUUGUCUUACUUGAGUCCGAAGAUGAUUUCAGGAUGAUCACCAAAAUCCAGCUAUAGAGACUUUUGCUAUCACGGAAAAGUGCAAUAAAUGGGAAUAAAUCUCAUCAAUUGAAGGAAAAAGACAAUUCCCGAGUGAUGAAGCUGUGUCGGCCAUAAUCCCAUGCUGUCGACAGCUAGCUGUGAUAUAUUAUACAGGUGUAUGGACUUGUGAUAUGAAUGCUGAUUACCGGUUAAGGAGCAGCCUAGACACCAGCAAUGUUCUGUACACCCUCCAACAUCAUUAAAGAAGAAAUCGGUACAAAUUUAAAAAGGGGGCAUGGCCAUGUGUAAAUGGGGGCAUGGCCACGCGGCGCUGCCAUAAGAAUUUAUAGUACAAGUGAGACACUGAAAAUCGGUACAUAGCCCUUUUUGGCCAGUACAGACCAUAAAAAACGGUACUGUACCGGACAAAAAGGUACAGUUGGAGGGUAUGGUUCUGUUCCAAGUAUGUGGAAGAGAUAUGGAAUGUUGUCAUUCCAUCCCAUUGUAAUGUUAGAUGCUACACCCUGACUUCCAGUCAUCCCGUCCUUUACCCGCUACCAUUAUUUCCCCUAUUCCCCUAUGCCUACAUUUCACAGCUUUUAUUAAAUUAGACUUUCCAUAACAUUAUCAUAACUUGUUCAUAAAAAAAAAUUCUUGAUAGUAAACAUAAAACGUGAAGGAUCAAGGUGAACCAUUCUACAUACCCAACCAAUAUUAGUGAUGGAUGAAUAGGCUACAUGUAGAUGAUAUUGGUUAAGUAUGCAGAAUGGAUGUCUCCUCAAUUUCUAGGUGACAGGCCCAUUUUAAUUAAUGCCAUUUUAAUGUUAAAGUUUGUUUUCACAUGAUGCUAAUUAUGUACACUGUUUAUAUGCACAGUUCAUAAAUACAUACAAUUAUAUUGUCAUAUAUAUAAUGAAUUUACACAAUUUAGAGUAAAAUGUAUAGAGUACUUCCAGUCUUUUCAUCUCAUACAAGAAAAUACACAAAUAAAGGGGGUCAUUCCCAGUUGAUCGCUCGCUAGCUAGUUUUAGCAGCCGUGCAAACGCUAUGCCGCCGCCGCCCACUGGGGAGUGUAUUUUAGCUUAGCAGAAGUGCGAACGCAUGUGCAGCCGAGCUCUGCAAAAAUAGUUUGUACAGUUUCUGAGUAGCUCUGAACCUACUCAGCGCUUGCGAUCACUUCAGCCUAUUCGUGUCCGGAUUUGAUGUCAAACACCCGCCCAGCGAACGGCCAGCCAUGCCUGCGUUUUUUCAGACACGCCUGCGUUUUUGCAAACCCUCCCUGAAUACGGUCAGUUAACACCCAGAAACGCCCCCUUCCUGUCAAUCUUCUUGUGGCCAUCAGUGCGACUGGAAACUUAGCUAGAACCUGUGCAAGACAACAAAUGCCUUUGUACACAUACGCCGAGCGUGCGCAUUGCGUUGCAUACGCAUGUGCAGAAAUGCCGCUUUUUAGCCUGAUCGCUGCGCUGCAAACAACGGCAGCUAGCGAUCAACUCGGAAUGACCGCCAAAACCUGUUGGCCAUUGGUUUAGGAUCUGCUAAUAUACUGUAGGUCAUGCAGCACAGAACAGCAUGUCAGACAUCCUUCUUAUACUUAUAUAUUGAGCCCCCAUUCUGUGCAGAGAAUUUUUGUUACUUAUGAGACUGCAAGAAACAUUACUUGAUGACAUCUGCACUGUCAAACAGCCAUCUUAAGUAGCUUUUCUUUUUUUUUUUUUUAAAAGAGAUCUGUUAUCAGCAAUGGUUUGGAACAAUUAAUGUUUUACCUCCCCUGUAACAAAUUGUUAAAAAAUGUGUAUGUAGUUUGUGUUUUGUUUUGCUGGGGUUUUGUUUUAUAUAAAAAUUUGUUGAGACAUUUCCAGGAAACAUCCGAUUAAUAUGACAUUCUGUUCCUUUUCUUACAUACUACUUAAAGGGAAAUAAUUGUACAUAGCAACAGGGAUCCGCAUAUUGCAGAGGUGAGGUUUUUUAUGCAUAUGCUAAUUGCAUUAAUUGCUUCAAACUGGCAUCUAUUAGUGUGAGUGAAUUAGAACACGAGGUUAGGCAUCUAUUAUGUUUUAGAUUGGAGUUUGCAAUAUCCAUAUCUAAAAUACAGCAAUUACUGUUUGUACCAUUAUUAGCUUGCGCUAAAAUGUUAAAGAAACCCGUAAAGUAUUCUCUAUUCUCUAUUCGCUAUGUAUAUUAUUUAGCUUAGCAAUACACAGGCUUUGAUAAUGUGCACUAGUCGCUCUUCUGAUUGAAAUGAUGGUAAAACAUAGAGUAGAAAUAAAAGUGCAAUUCUUUUUCAA